AUGGAAACACAAAAGCAAGCCAAGGCAACAGAAAAGGUUCUAUGUGAGUUCUGUGGGCAUGGGUUCAGCCCCUACGGAAUCAGAUCGCACAUAAAAGCUUGUCAGAAACGGCGGGAAAACGAAAGGGUAGAUCAACAAGAUGUUGGGAAGGAGCUGAGGGACAGUAAAGCCAAAGAAGAAGCGGAAUUGCUGGCACUUGAUCGGCGCACGCUCGCAAAGGCCAUGGCGGCACCAAAACAUCUUAAUCUUUUGAGACGAGAACUUACAAGUUCAGCCAUGAUUACUCAAAAUAUAUUCAGAUUCUUGCCAGUGUUCAAUUACUUAAAGAUGAUCAGGGAGUAUUGGCAUUUUCAGGGAUGA